AUGGCGCAAUACCAGGCUACAAGUGCUUUCUUCCUGCUACUUCUAUCAUCCACACUAGUUAAAUCAAGUGAGCCUUGGCUAGAUACUUUUGAGCACCCCAAAGAGGAGACACCGGACGAUGACGAUGCAAUCAUGGAAAGACGUUGGCAGCUUGGCUACGAAAACUUUCGACUUCGCUGCGAAAAAUUCGAGAUGGAAGGUAAUCAAACCGCUGCUGUGAGAACUCGAAUAGCUGGAGGAGAAUUGGCCACGCGCGGCAUGUUUCCCUAUCAAGUGGGUCUGGUGAUUCAGCUGAGUGGCGCAGAUCUGGUCAAGUGCGGUGGUUCCCUUAUCACUCUUCAAUUUGUUUUGACUGCAGCCCAUUGUCUGACCGAUGCCAUAGCUGCAAAGAUAUACACGGGCGCCACCGUAUUUGCCGAUGUAGAAGACUCCGUGGAGGAGUUACAAGUCACGCAUAGAGAUUUCAUUAUUUAUCCUGAUUACUUGGGAUUUGGAGGAUAUAGUGACUUGGCUUUAAUACGACUGCCAAGAAAAGUCAGAACUUCAGAACAAGUGCAACCCAUUGAGUUGGCUGGGGAGUUCAUGCAUCAAAACUUUCUGGUAGGCAAAGUGGUGACCCUAUCUGGCUGGGGUUACUUGGGAGAUUCAACCGACAAACGGACGCGACUCCUCCAGUACUUAGAUGCGGAGGUGAUCGAUCAGGAACGCUGCAUCUGCUAUUUCCUGCCAGGAUUGGUUAGCCAGCGACGUCACCUGUGCACCGAUGGAAGCAAUGGACGUGGUGCCUGCAAUGGCGACUCCGGUGGCCCCGUUGUGUACCACUGGCGCAAUGUUAGCUACCUGAUUGGGGUCACCUCGUUCGGCAGUGCCGAAGGAUGCGAGGUGGGGGGUCCCACUGUCUACACCAGGAUAACCGCAUAUUUGCCAUGGAUCCGACAGCAAACGGCAAUGACCAACUAAAUGCAAUUAACGCCUAAUUGCAGCCCAUUAAUUGCUAAACAAUAUAGUCGGCCCAGACAAUAAAACCAAUUUGAGCAAUGAAACCAAAACAGGUUCUUCUGUCGAGAAAGGAAGGUGC